AUGCCAUUCCUGGGACGAAGGUGCCCACGGGAGACUCCCUUAACCUCUAUUGUGAGAGGCAUUGUCGGCGAACACUUGUAUAAUGCUAUCCCUGGGUCACCAGUACCCAUGGGAGACCCUGCGGCAUUUACAGGCCCUAAUGUUAAAGAGUCCGACACAGAAGACCAAUACGUAACACAACCUCAAACAACGCACAACCUCAAACAACGCACAACCUCAAACAACGCACAACCUCAAACAACGCACAACCUCAAACAACGCAAACCUCAAACAACGCACAACAUCCACAACAUACCACAGAUGCCACGCAUCACCGUCGAACACAACGAUACUACUGACCAGGAUAAUAUUUUUAUACAUCUUAGUAAAUGGUACAUGGUAUAUGGUGCUAUGUUUGCUAAAAUGGUUGAAGCUAUGGAGGUGAUUAAAUUUAGUGCUGCUUUAGGUUAUGAAGCCAAUCCUGAGAAGGCUGGGUCGGUCUUAGAAAGAUGGGUCUUAAGUCAACCCGAUAUUUGGCAACUUAGUUGGCCAGAUUUCCUGGCUAGACCUCGCAAUUCUUCCUUGGAUCCGUCGUACGGAGACAAGGUUGAGAUGCAGUUGGAGAGACUCAAGCAGACCAGUACGGUCGCAAAGUAUGUGGAAGAUUUCACUCAUCUCAAGACACUUUUGCCUCCAGGUCUCAAAGCGGAAAGAUCGUUCAAAAGAGUUCUCCCAGUUAUUAGUUCUUUGAUGUUGGCUGGCUUGCGCAAUGACGCUGUGACCAUUGAUGACAUCAUUAAUGAUGUUUUUAUGCAAGCCACAGGUGUUGAAGCCGGAUGGACUGACGAUCUUAGAACCCAGUCCAAUCGUUGGAAUGAGUUUAAAGCAUCAGCCAAUGUUGAUGCUAUAAAAUUAGAUGCGGUCUCCUUCAAAAAGCUCAGACCUCAAGAGAAGAAGGUAUUGAUGGCCAAUGGGGGGGUUGCUUCAAGUGUCGUAAGACAGGACACUUUGCUAGGCAAUGUCCAAUGGGAGGGAAGAAAGCCGACAAAACUAGAGCUAGUUCAAAAAACUAGUUAA